AUGGCUUCACUUGUUCGUAUGGCUCGCAACCUUUUCUCCUCUUCCUUUUACUCCCAUCUCUUGAAAGACCGUGCUGUCGCUCAACCAGCGACCAAGGCCAUACAGAAUGCUGUUUCACAGCCGUUGUCAGUUGUCAGGAACAAUAUCACACAACAAAUUAAGAGCAAACUUAGAAGUGAAAAACAAUUAUUUUUCACAUCUUCCGCGUCUUUGUUCAAAGGUUACAAUUUCAGGAACCGGCGAUUGCCAGUUACGAAAGCACGUGAGGCUUACGCGACGCAGAAUACGGCGGUCGAACUUGCAUUGAAUUCUGUAGUAAAAGUUUUCACUGUUUCGUGCAGUCCCAACUACUUACUUCCUUGGCAGAACAAGUCCCAGCGCGAAACAAUGGGCUCUGGGUUUGUAAUUUUGGGUAGAAAGAUUCUUACAAAUGCUCAUGUGGUAGCUGAUCACACCUUUGUACUUGUAAGGAAGCACGGCUGUCCCACCAAAUAUAGAGCGGAAGUCAAAGCUGUUGGUCAUGAAUGUGACUUAGCUAUAUUGACUAUUGAGAGUGAAGAGUUUUGGGAUGGUAUGAAUCCCUUGGAGCUUGGAGAUGUCCCAUUUCUACAAGAAGCUGUUGCUGUUGUGGGAUAUCCUCAAGGUGGUGACAACAUUUCAGUCACCAAAGGAGUUGUUUCAAGGGUUGAACCGACACAGUAUGUUCAUGGUGCAUCACAGCUGAUGGCAAUACAGAUUGAUGCAGCCAUAAAUCCUGGGAACAGUGGUGGCCCUGCCAUUAUGAGCAAUAAGGUUGCCGGAGUAGCAUUUCAAAAUCUUUCAGGUGCCGAGAACAUAGGUUACAUUAUUCCUGUUCCUGUAAUAAAGCAUUUUAUAUCUGGUGUAGAAGAAAAUGGAAAAUAUAUUGGAUUUUGUUCUCUGGGUUUGUCAUGCCAGACUACUGAAAAUGUGCACCUCAGAAACCAUUUUAGCAUGAGACCUGAUAAGACUGGGGUGAUUGUAAGCAAAAUUAAUCCACUUUCAGAUGCAUACAAGAUUUUGAAGAAAGAUGAUAUUAUACUUUCAUUUGAUGGUGUUCUUUUAGCAAAUGAUGGGACAGUUCCUUUCCGAAACAGAGAACGGAUAACAUUUGAUCACUUGGUGUCUAUGAAGAAACCUAAUGAAAAAGCAAUAGUCAGAGUUCUGCGGGAUGGCCAAGAGCAUGAGCUUAGCAUUAUUCUCCAACCCAUCCAACCGCUAGUUCCAGUUCAUCAGUUUGAUAAACUUCCAAGUUAUUACAUUUUCGCUGGUCUGGUAUUUGUUCCACUCACUCAGCCAUACCUUCAUGAGUAUGGGGAAGAUUGGUAUAAUACUUCACCUCGUCGUUUGUGUGAGCGGGCACUAAGGGAAUUGCCCAAGAAAGCAAAUCAACAACUUGUUAUCCUCUCUCAGGUCUUGAUGGAUGAUAUCAAUGCUGGAUAUGAGCGUCUUGCAGAAUUACAGGUUUUGAAGGUUAAUGGAACAGAAAUUGACAAUCUAAAACACUUGCGCCAACUUGUUCAAAGCUGUAAUGCAGAAUUCUUACGAAUUGAUUUGGACGAUGAACGAGUCAUUGUCUUGAACUAUGAAAUGGCAAAAUGUGCCACUUCGAGCAUUUUGAAGCGUCACAGAAUACCUUCGUCAGUAUCCAUUGAUCUUGACACAGAAUAAUUACAAUUCCGACUGACGUGCUCAUUUUUAGAUUAUUGUGACUUCUACCUGAUAUUACUGGGUUGUGAUUAGUACUUUAAAUUUAUUGAAACAUUUGUAAUAGUUGGUUAAAUAGAACGUCAAAUAUUUUAUAUUUCUAUUGAUAAGAGCGUUCCUAAAAUUUCUAUUAAAAAGGACAGAUAAUGACAAUACAAACGGCUA